UCAAUUCCUUUAAAUUUCGAUCAACGAAAAGCACUACCCAGAAAACCCAAUUUGCAUAAAAAGAACUGGAGAAUUUGAAUAAAGAUUUGGCUAAGGAAAAAGCAAAAUGAGAAGAAGACCUGGAAUUGGAGGAUUGCAGACAGCUGCAGCUGCAAGGGAUCAAUACCGUUUGUUGGGUGAAAAUGUAGCAAAGAUCAGAACCGAUUUGAUGAAGGAGCAACUUGCCACGUUUCGUUCUCAGCUUGAAGAUUUUGCUCGCAAACACAAGAAUGACAUCCGCAAGAACCCUGCGUUCAGGUCGCAGUUCCAUGAAAUGUGUGCUAAAGUUGGAGUAGAUCCAUUGGCCUCCAAUAAGGGUUUCUGGGCAGAGCUAUUAGGAAUUGGUGACUUCUAUUAUGAACUUGGUGUUCAAAUAGUGGAUAUUUGCUUGGCCACUAGAGCUCACAAUGGAGGACUGAUCAACCUGCAAGAACUCUGCCAUCUCCUUCGUCAAAGACGAAAAAGUGAUCGUGGAGUUGUUUCUGAGGAUGAUUGCCUGCGUGCUAUUAGUAAGCUGAAGGUGUUGGGCAGUGGUUUUGAAGUUAUUUCCGUUGGAAAGAGAAAACUUAUUCGUUCAGUUCCAACUGAGUUGAACAAAGAUCACAAUGAAAUUCUAGAACUUGCCCAGGCUCAAGGAUUUGUGACUGUUGAAGAAGUAGAGCGGCGGUUAUCUUGGACUUCUGGUCGAGCCAUUGAUGCCCUUGAGACAUUACUUGACGAAGGACUUGCAAUGAUUGAUGAUGGUCAUAGAGAUGGUAAACGACGGUACUGGUUUCCUUGUGUGUCUCCCAUCUCAUCUUAUGUAGGAGUUGAUUCCUAAUAAAUUUAAUAGAAAGAAAACUGAGGUCUGAUUUUUGAAGGCCUAUAUAUUUAGAUUGUUGCAAACUUUAAAUCAAUUAUUUCUUUUGAUUUCUUGAAUUCUUUGUCCUAAAAUAUGGGAUUAGUUUUCCGUUUAUCUAGUGUACACAACAAGUGUAUGGUGAUUGGGAACUAGAAAUAUAUACUUUAUUUUUCUGUAAAUGAUGCUAAAAGUAGUGUGAUUAUUUGGACCGU